AUGGAAGGCAAUGCUGCACAACACAUUGCAUAUUUCUUUCUGGUUGGUAUUCCUGGGUUGGAAAACUUUCACUGCUGGAUUAGCAUCCUCGUCUGUCUCCUAUUUGUCCUGACCUUGCUGGGGAACAGCAUAAUCAUUACUUCCAUCAAGCUAGAGCCAAGUCUCCACCAGCCCAUGUAUUUCUUCCUUUGUAUGCUGGCAAUGAAUGACAUGUGUCUUACUUGCUCUGCGGCUCUGAAGAUGCUUGGCAUCUUCUGGCUUGAUGCACAUUGGAUCGACUUUGAUGUCUGUCUAACACAAAUGUUUUUUAUCCACACUCUCUGUAUCAUGGAGUCAGCCAUCCUAGUGGCUAUGGCUUUUGAUCGCUUUGUGGCCAUUUGCAUCCCACUGAGAUAUGCAUCAAUCCUAACAACACCCAUGGUGAUUAAAACAGGCCUAGUUGGCUUAAGCCGAGCUAUACUUAUGAUUAUGCCAUGUCCCCUUUUCAUUAAAAGACUUCUGUACUAUACCAAGUAUGUUCUCAAUCAUGCCUAUUGUGAGCACAUGACUGUGGUGAAGGUGGCUAGUGCUAACACCGAUGUGAACAGAAUAUAUGGAAUCUUAGUGGCCUUGUCAGUAGCGGUGUUUGACCUCAUGCUCAUAGCCACAUCCUACAUAAAAAUUCUCCAGGCAGUGUUUCGGCUCUCUUCCCAGAGAGCUUGCUCUAAAGCCUUGGGCACCUGUGUGGCCCAUGUCUGCACCAUUCUUGCUUUCUACACACCUGCAUUGUUCAGUUUCUUAACUCAUCAUUUUGGCAAGAAUGUGCCUCCAAGUGCCCAUAUAAUCUUUGCAAUCCUGUACCUGUUAGUGUCCCCCACAGUAAAUCCCUUGGUGUAUGGUGUUAAGACCAAACAGAUUCGUGACCGCGUGAAGACUUUAUUUAGUUCACAUAUUAAAUACUCCAUUUACUACUAG